CGGUUUAUGCGUAGCAUCAACCAAAACGGACAAUCUGAAUACCGUAUCAAUGACAGAGUCGUUCCAUACAUGCAAUACAAUGCUGCUCUUGAGAAAGAAAACAUUCUGGUCAAGGCCAAGAACUUUCUUGUCUUCCAGGGCGAUGUCGAAUCCGUCGCUAGUCAAGACCCCAAGGACUUGACGCGCUUGAUUGAACAGAUUAGUGGGUAUGUAUAUCAAUUCAAACGAAUAGGUGCUGAUGUUCUUUAUCAGUUCUUGGGAACACAAAGAUGAAUAUGAAGCAUUAAAGCAAAAGAUGGAAGAAGCGAUUGAAAACAGUGCGCAUGCGUUUAACAAGCGACGUGGUAUUGCUGCUGAAAUCAAACAAUAUGAAGAACAGAAAGCAGAAGCAGAGAAUUUUGAAAAGCUGGUGGCUGAACGUCGUAGUUUGGUUGUCCAGUACUUGCUUUGGAAGCUUUUCCAUAUUGAAGAAAAACAAAAAGCCUUAGGCCAAGAAAGCAACACGAAGCACUCGGAUAAAGAUGAAGCACAAUACGAAGCACUUGCCUUGGAAAACCAGUUUAAGAAAGCAAGAGAAGACAAGGCACUGAUUCAUCGUGAAAAGAUCAAGUGUGAAUUACACAUUCGAAAGGCCAACCGUGAAUUAGAUGAUCAAUUGCCUACGUCUAUUAGUUACAAAGAAAAGAUCAACCAGUUAGAAAAGAAGACAAGACAAACAGAACAAAAUAUUGAGCGUAUCAAGCGAGAUGGUCAGCAACAAGAACAAGUGGUUGUCAGCCUUGAAAAAGACAUGCAAUUAUUAGCAUUUGCUGAACAAUCGUAUGAGGCAUCUAUUCCUGCCUCUGCAUUGACUCAUGGUCCUUCAUUGACACCUGCACAAUUGUUGGACUAUGAAAAGAGAAAGCAAGAAGUGAGUGUCAGAGCAGUGGAAGAACAACAUCAGUUGCAACAAUACCAGCGUCAAUACAAGACUGAAAAACAACGUCUGGAGGAUAAAAAGUCAAAGAUGGAUCAAUUACGUGAAUCUGAGUCUCAAGCAGUGGAUGAUCUUCGCCAAGCCAAUGAAGAAAAGGCAGCUUUGAGUAUGGAUGCUGAAAACUUGCAAGAAAGAUUGACUGUGCGUCAAACUGAACUGAAGCAAUUGGAGAAUGAGCGUACCACUGUUCAUCAACGCGAAGUCUUUUUAAAUGAAAAACUACAGGAAACACUCAACAAGCUUAUGGAAGCCAGUGUCACUCAACAAGAAUCAGACAAAGACACUAAAUUCAAUGAGAGUGUUAGUGUGUUGAAGCAAAUUUAUCCAAAUGUGUAUGGUAAAUUAUCUGAUUUAUGUAGACCCACACAACGUAAAUACGAUACAGCCGUAGCAACUGUACUAGGAAGAAAUAUGGAUGCCAUUGUGGUUGAAAAUGAACAAACAGCCACUGAUUGUAUUCAAUACAUGAGAGAACAACACAUUGGCACAGCUACUUUUCUGCCUCUUCAUUCCUUGUCGUUGCCUCCUAUUGAUGAUCGUUACCGUAAUUUUGUCAAAGGGGCUCGUUUGGCAGUGGAUGUAUUAAAGUAUGACAAGCAGUUUGAAAGUGUGAUUCGAUAUGCUUGUGGCAAUACACUGGUAUGUGAUAACCUCAGUAUUGCCAGACAUAUCUGCUUUGAACUCAAUGAGAACAUCAGAGCUGUUGCUUUGGAUGGUGCUGUGAUUCAUCAAAGUGGUUUAAUGACAGGUGGUGCCAGUAGUACACAGACAACUAAGAAAUGGCAUGAAUAUGAAAUAGAAGAAUUGAUGCGCAACAGAGAUAAAUAUUUGGCAGAACUCAACAGUAUCAGUAAGAAUAAGCGUAUGGGCAGUGCUGAAGAUGCUGCUCGAAGUGAUUGCUCAAGUCUAUCCAGCCAAUUGAACACAUUGAAUGAUGAAUUGGUAAAGGCUACUUUAACACAGUACAUGACUGAUACUUGAUAGAUGACAUUGACACGUAGAAUUGAAGGUCUUGAAGCAACCCUUCGUGAUAUUCGUGACAAGAUCCAUCAAAGCACUCAGCCUUACCAAGAAACCAAGGCUACUGUGGACCAAUUGGAGUCCAACAUCAAGCGCGUGGAAGAACAGAUUGCCAGUGUAGAAGAUCAAGUGUUUGAAGACUUUUGUGCUCAAAUCAAUGUGGCCAAUAUUCGUGACUAUGAAGCCAUGCAGUACGGUGUGUCUGAUGAAGUAGCUGAUCGCCGUGCUCAGUUCACCGCCCAACGUACUCGUCUUGAAACACAACUUGCUUUUGAACGAGAACAACUGAAUGAACUUGUGGAGCGUCUCAAGAAACUUGAAGCCUCUUUGGCACAUGACACAGCAGCCAAAACCAAGAUUCAAGCUGAUUUGGAUGGUAUGGGAGGUAAAACAGAACAACUGAAGCAAAAGCUGGUAUCCUACCGUGUCGAUCUUGAAAAGCAAACCAAGUUGGAAGA